CUUCCCCCACACCCACCUCCAAUCACUCUCCCCCGCCCCAAAACCUUCGUCCGUGCAAAUCUCACCUCGCUCUCCUCCCUCCCUCCGUCCCGCUCCACUCCUCCAAUAAUGCCGCUCCGCGACGGCUGCCGGCGGCAGCUCCAGCGCGCCCGCGGCCUCUGUCUUGCCGCGGCGCUGUGCGUGCUCGCGCUCGCGCUCGUGUCGGACGCCUCGCCGACACCGGUGUCGCUGCUGGGCAUCAACUACGGCCGCGUGGGGAACAACCUGCCGCCGCCGCAGGCCGCCCUGCCCCUGCUCCAGGGCCUCGGCAUUGCCCGCGUGCGGCUCUACGACCCCGAGCCCGGCGUGCUGCGCGCCUUCGCCAAGACCGGGAUCGAGCUCUACGUCGGCGUGCCCGACCAGUGCCUCGCCGCGGUCGCCGAGCCAGCCGGCGCCACGUCCUGGCUCAAGGACAGCAUCCUGCGCUACCUGCCCGACACCAAGAUCGUCGCGCUCACCGUGGGCAACGAGGUGCUCACGGGCAACGACACCGCGCUCACCCGCAACCUGCUCCCGGCCAUGGAGUCCCUCCACGGCGCGCUCGCCGCGGCCAACCUCGACAAGCAGAUCGCCGUGACGACCGCGCACAACCUCGGCGUCCUCGGGACGUCCUACCCGCCCUCCGCGGGGGCCUUCCGGAAGGACCUGCUCCAGUACCUCUGCCCCAUCCUCGACUUCCACGCCAAGACCGGCUCGCCGUUCCUGGUGAACGCCUACCCCUACUUCGCCUACUCCGACGACCCCAAGGGCAUCCACCUGGACUACGCUCUUCUCGAGCCGAGCAACCCCGGCGUCCCGGACGCCAACACCGGGCUGCACUAUCCCAACCUCCUCGUGGCGCAGGUCGACGCCGCGUACCACGCCAUCUCGGCGGCGAACAGCGCGGCGGCGCGGGUGGUCGAGAUACGGAUCUCCGAGACGGGGUGGCCUUCCGCAGGGGACGCGAACGAGAAGGCCGCGACGCCGGAGAGCGCGGCCCGGUACAACAGCAACGUGAUGCGGCUGGUGGCGGAGUGGAAGGGCACGCCGCUCAAGCCCAACGUGCCGCUGCGCGUCUACGUGUUCGCGCUGUUCAACGAGAACAUGAAGCCCGGGCCGGCGUCCGAGCGCAACUACGGCCUGUUCAAGCCCGACAGCACGCCGGUGUACCCGCUCACGUACAAGCCUGCGCACGGCGACUUCACCCCCGGCGGCAACAGCACCGGCGGAGACAACGACUACUACGACAUCUCGGCCGCGUCGCGGGAGCCCACGGGUCGGCGGUGGACAUGGGCGCAAGCUGCUGUGGCAGGAGGUGCUGCUGCCGCCCUCAUGGUUGCAGCCUGAGGUACCGAGAUCAUCAUGGGGUGUGGUGCGUCACUCUCGCCUUGAUGGCUGAGAUUCAGGGGUAGGUGGAUAGGACGGGAUGGAACUGUCUGCUCUGGAGCAAUGGUGUUGAUGAUGAUCCUGAUCCUCUGCACGGCGCUCCUUUGCUGUUGUGGUUGCUGAAGGUUGAGACCGAGAUGUGGAUCUGGGUAAGCUGAUGAAACGAUUAAUUUGAUGGCAUCGAAGCUAUGUAUUUCAUCUUGGUGCCUUAAAAACCGCUGAUCGUUGGGACUAAAAUAGACCCAAAUCAGUCGGUUUUAAUUGCCUUUUAAUAGAAAUGUUCUCUUGAGUAGUACCCCAGUACUGCUACCUACAAAUAUACAUGAGGUGCAAAAGCUGAAGCCCAGUAUCCCUUUCCAAAUAAUGAAAAUAAAUGAAGUUACUCAAUUUCAUCUGAA